CCGCGCGGAAGGCAACUUCCGCUUCGGCGCAGUGGUUGACCUUCUCAAUGGCAGCAAUUUUGACAUCGUCCCGGUGUAUACCGAGGCAUUUAUGCCGAAUUUCGACAAAUAAUGUAAAAACUGCAAGUAAACAGAUAAGUGCACAGACAAGAUCAAAGCAUGUGUUGCCAAAUGCUAGAAAUACAAGACCUUUAGUGGCUGCAAAGGCCUUGACACAAUCUAAUUCAUCAGCUUUAUGUGAGAGACAAAUACUCCUAGAACAGAGCAGAUCAUUUAGAGCCACAUCUGUUGUAUGUGAUGAUGUCCAGACUGUACUCAGCCCACCAUUUGCUGACUCUAUUACAGAGGGGGACAUAAGAUGGGAAAAAGCUGUGGGAGAUACUGUAUCUGAAGAUGAAGUGGUGGCUGAAAUAGAGACUGAUAAGACAUCUAUCCCUGUGCCUUCCCCUGGAGCAGGUGUUAUAGAAGAGUUCCUUGUAGAAGAUGGUGACACUGUUGUAGCCAAAACACCCCUCUUCAAAAUCAGAAUGGGAGGUGCCGGUGAUGCUCCAGCCCCUAAAGCUGUAGAGGUUCCUUCCCCUGCUGCCUCAGCCCCACCCCCUGCAGCCCCAGCUCCUGCAGCUUCAGUGGGACCUAUCCCCACCACCCCACCACCACCACCCCCCAUGCCUACUGCUCCAAUGUCCUCCACCCCUACUAGCGCAGUUAAACCAACCCCAAGAUCUGAUGAAGGCCCUGCACCCUCCAUUCCGGGUCUCAGGUCUGAAACUAGGGUGAAGAUGAAUCGUAUGAGGUUGCGUAUCGCAGAGCGUCUCAAGGAGGCUCAGAAUUCAUGUGCUAUGUUAACUACCUUCAAUGAGGUAGACAUGACUAAUAUAAUGGAGAUGCGCAAGACAUACAAGGAUGCCUUUAUGAAGAAACACAACAUUAAGCUAGGGUUUAUGUCCGCAUUUCUCAAGGCAUCUGCAGUUGCAUUAAAGGAACAACCGAGUGUUAAUGCAGUCAUAGACAACAAAGAGAUUGUAUAUAGAGACUAUGUUGAUAUUAGUGUGGCUGUUGCUACACCAAAGGGUUUGGUUGUGCCAGUAUUACGUGAUUUAGAUAAUUUGAACUACGCUGAAAUCGAGCAAGCUUUAAAUGAAAUUGGAGAAAAGGCGCGUGGUGGUAAUCUUGCUAUUGAAGACAUGGAUGGUGGUACCUUUACUAUAAGCAAUGGUGGAGUGUUUGGUUCAAUGUUUGGUACACCUAUCAUUAACCCUCCUCAGUCAGCUAUCCUUGGCAUGCAUGCUAUCUUUAACAGACCCAUGGCUGUAGAUGGAAAGGUUGAGAUUCGACCAAUGAUGUAUAUAGCGCUUACAUACGACCAUAGACUCAUAGAUGGACGAGAGGCUGUCACUUUCCUUAAGAGAAUCAAAUCAGGUGUCGAAGACCCUAGGACUUUACUCUUGGAUAUAUGAGCAAUUGACCUUAGUCAUACAAUCACAUACAGUUAUCUUAGUUGUGAUGAAUUCAUAUAUCAGAUAUGUGUUUCUACAUGUAGUAUGGAGUGAAAUUUUGUAAUUGCACUAUUAUUUCUCACACGUUGGAAUAUUAGUUUUGAUUGACCAAAUUGACAGGAGCAUCUAUUUAUUCGCGACAUAAUAUUGUAGAAUUAGGUAACUUAAACCUUUGCCAAUAACUUUUGCCUUUCAUCUCUAACUGCACAUAUCACUUCCCAGUCAAACGUACUUAUAACCUACUGUAACCAGGUAAAACUUACCAUAGAAAGGAUAGUCUUUUAAAUAUGAGGGAUAUAAAAUUGCAUUUGGGUCUUGCUUACAUGUACAUACAAGAUAUGUGUUCAAUAUUUAUUACAUGUAUUUACAAUGAGUUUGCAGGGUAUUUGAUAUUGAAAUAUAUUUUAGCUGUAAGUUUUAUGAUUCCUGGAUCUGGUUUCUGCUAGAAUUUUCUGAAAUGUUCUCACACAUAUCAAGUUCAGCCACUGUAAUUAGGUCAUAAGUAUUAACUGAAUGAUUACGGUGGCCUGUUUCGGAUUGUUUCAAUUUAAUAUCACACUGUUUUUAGGAUGUCAACACAUAUAUAGCCAAUAUGGAGGAGUUAUGUAUGAAUUCUAUUAUGAUAGUGUACUAUAUCCACAAAUUCUGUCAUUAUUCUCUUAUUCUCACCAGAUAUUACAAAUCUUGAUUUGUGAUGUGUCAGUUCUCGUUCACGUGAUUGUUUUGAUAAAAAGAUCCCAGACUAAGAUAACAUUGUGUGGAUUCUCUGGUGAGAGCAAACUCCUUCAUAUGUUGUGGAUUAAGAUGGAAAAAUCACAUAUUUGCACAUUUUGGUUUUAUGUCCAAGAUUUUAUUAUACCGUACAUUCAUUUCAAUUGCUUUAAUGGCGUAAUUGUAGUAUAUUCCUUGUUGCACAGAUAUUUUCUUUGUGUUGACUGGAAAUGUACAUGUUCAUUGUGUUCUCGAUGAUCUAAAGAUGUA